GGGUUGGGUUUCCGGCAAGUCUCGCGACUUCUCGUAGAAUCUCGCUAGUGGCCAAGAUGGCGGCGCCCUGGAGAAUGGAAAUUUGUAUUUUGAUCAAAACAUGAGAAAAACAGAGCACAGAGUAGACUGAGGCCAGCAGUGAGCAGUGUGAGGCAUGGCAAUGAGAAUGCUGCGGUUGUUGAGAGGAGUGGCGUACCUCCGUCAGGAGGUCCUGUCACAGGCCACAUGUGCUCACAGACACUGUCACACAGGUGUCUGCAGAAGUUACUGUUUCUGCCAACCAGUGCUAGUAUCUGGGCUGACCUGUUUUACCAACAACAAAGUUUUGCAGACCCCAGGACAAGGCCCUCCCCAGCACUACACAGUCCGUCACCUGUGUUCUGGCAGUGGGAAGGCUGAAACACCUAAGGAGGCAGGCAAAACUGCUGUGGCUGAAGGGGACAGUAAGAAAGCAACAUCCAGUAAAGACAAGUUAGUCAAGACCAUUUACAGAGUAAAGCCCAAGCCUAGGAAAAGAAUAGACUACAGCAAAGCGUACACAGAUAACAACACCAUCACUGCAGUACGCGCCAUGAGUGAGUUUCUCCUCAAACCAAGUGAUCUGGAAGGCCUGAGGAAAACAGCACGUCGCAGUCCGUACUCAGACCCCAACUCUCCCCCGCUCAUGGUGUACCUACGAGCUGAUGUGGAACAAAAAGCUAUUGAGGUUUGGGGGAGCACGGCAGCUCUGCAGAGAGAGAUGCAGAAAAGAGAAAAGAAUGCAGAUGCACAGAAACAGUACACAUUCAGAUAUAAGAAGGCACUAAAGGAGUACAGGAAGUUCUUUGGAGAAGGCGGGGUGGAACCUCCGUUCAUCUUCGGCUCAGGCAAGCCUCAGGACAGGUCUUACCUGGAGGAGCCUGUUCACAGCUUGUUCAGUGGGUCAGGACAUGUGGUUAUGAUGGCCAUUGGCAUAAAUACUCUGAAUUUUGCCUUCAAACUGGUUGCCUGGGUCUUUACUGGGUCUGCCAGCAUGUUCUCCGAGGCGAUCCACUCACUAGCUGACACCAUCAACCAGUCUAUUUUGGCUUUUGGCAUCCAUCAGAGCAUCAGGAAACCCAACCCAGACCAUCCGUACGGUUUCUCCAACAUGCGUUACGUGUCGUCGCUGGUGUCUGGUGUCGGGAUCUUCUGUGUGGGAGCUGGACUCUCCAUCUACCACGGAGUUCUGGGACUGAUCGACCCACAGCCCAUGGAGUCAUUCUUUUGGGCUUACUGCAUUCUGACUGGAUCACUUGUAUCAGAAGGAGCCACUUUACUUGUCGCCACUGCUCAAAUACGGAAGAGUGCCCAAGCACAGGGAAUGCAGUUCAUGGAAUAUGUGUGGCGCAGUCGUGACCCGAGUGUGAAUGUUGUGCUGUUGGAGGAUGCUGCAGCUGUGUUGGGUGUGGCCAUCGCAGCCACGUGUAUGGGCCUCACCUCACUAACAGGUAACCCUGUGUAUGAUGCCAUGGGGUCCAUCACCAUCGGGGGCCUGCUGGCCAUGGUGUCAGCUUUCCUCAUCUACACCAACGCUGAGGCUCUGAUUGGUCGAUCCAUCCCACCUGACCAGCUGGACAGGAUCAUGCACAGUCUGGAGGAUGAUGUCAUGGUCAGAGCCAUCCACGACAUCAAGGCUACAGAGAUGGGGCUGAACAUUGUCAGGUUUAAGGCUGAGGUGGAUUUUGAUGGACGGGAGGUGACCCGGUCUUACCUGGACAAAGUGGACCUGGAGGCCUUAUUGCAGGAGGUGCAACAGUACCAGACCAUAGAAGACAUGGAAGGCUUCAUGUUAAGACAUGGGGAGAACAUCAUAGACAUCUUAGGGGCAGAGGUGGACAGACUAGAGACACAACUAAAGAAAAAGAAUCCAGAAGUGAAACAUGUGGACUUGGAGAUCUUGUGAGGAUACCAAAAACAACAAAUAGAUCUGUGUAGUAGGAUUAUCUUUUUUUUUUCAGCCAAGAAGAGGUGGCUUACAUGAGAUUAUUGCCUUUCCCUAAGUUUUAUUUCCUGAACAAAUUGUACAUAUUUGUAACAACUAAAAUGUCCUGUAUGUAUGGUUGGACUUGUCCAAUGUUUCCUUUUUACUGUGUUACAUUACUUCAAAGUGACAAGUGUGAUAUGUACUAAGUACUUAUUGAAUGUUAGACCUAUGAGAAGUUGGCUAUGCUGUUACCUGUUCACCAGAACCAGUGAUGUCAUAUGAUGUGUACGUGAACUGAUGACAUGUACUGUACAUACGUUGUGUAUAACAGGCUGAUAGGAGACUGGUGUCUACAGGCUACAGCUUACAUAGAAGAUAGAACCACAGUGAGCUAGAACUAAUCCUUUCAAUAUUCCAUUUCCUUCUCAUGAGCUCAGUUAGCAACAAUAAGCAGUCAAGAACCUCCAUUUCUUUAUUGAGCAACAACAACAUCAACCAAUGUGUUAUUUUUACAUCCAAUGAUUU